UGAACGCAGCUGACACCGCUCGUCCAAUGAUAUCGGUCCACAUGCAGCGCAGGGAAGAGGGGCAGCAGUGAGGCAGUGAGGCAGCGAGGCUCUUUGAUAAAGACAGACCGUCAGCGGAGACACACGCACAGACAGAGACAGACACAGAGAGACAGAGAGCUGCGUACGCGGAAAGACACGGUGAAACACGGAGGGACCCCGGACACCGCGUGAAUGCAGCACCUACGACACGAGACACGGCCGCUCACACGGAGAUAAGAGAGGGACGCUGAGAGAAACCUGCACCCCACACAGGGAAGAGGAGUCCGGCUCACCAAAAGCACAUUUGUCAGCGUGAGGAGAAUCAUAAGUGCGCAGAGAGAGAGAGAGAGGGGGGGAGGACACGUGAGACCGCGGUGCAUAGAGAACCAUCCUAAUUGAUUAAUAAAAGUAUUAAUUAAAAACAUUUAGAGAGGUAGGAGGGGUGUUUGUGUUGAGCCAUGGAGAACUCUCACACGAAGAGUGUGGAGGAAGUUUACACUCAUUUCUGCGUCAACGAGAGCACAGGACUCUCCCUGGAGGAGGUGAAACGACUGAGGGAGAAAUGGGGCCUGAACGAGUUACCAGCGGAGGAAGGAAAAUCCUUGUGGGAGCUUGUCCUUGAGCAAUUUGAAGAUUUACUUGUUCGUAUUCUUCUGCUGGCCGCAUGUAUAUCUUUUGUCCUGGCCUGGUUCGAGGAGGGAGAGGAGACUAUCACAGCCUUUGUGGAGCCUUUCGUCAUUUUGCUUAUUCUUAUAGCCAAUGCCAUCGUCGGCGUGUGGCAGGAACGUAAUGCCGAGGACGCCAUUGAGGCACUAAAGGAGUACGAGCCUGAGAUGGGCAAAGUGUACCGGCAGGACAGGAAAACCGUGCAGAGGAUCAAGGCCAGAGACAUCGUGCCUGGUGACAUCGUGGAGGUUGCCGUUGGAGACAAGGUGCCUGCUGACAUCCGUAUCUGUUCAAUCAAAUCAACAACUCUGAGGGUGGACCAGUCCAUUCUGACCGGUGAAUCCGUCUCGGUGAUCAAACACACGGACCCUGUGCCCGACCCCCGUGCUGUCAAUCAGGACAAGAAGAACAUGCUCUUCUCCGGUACUAACAUCGCAGCGGGGAAGGCCAUAGGAGUGGUCGUGGCCUCUGGCAUUAACACUGAGAUCGGUAAGAUCCGCGACGAGAUGGCGGCCACCGAGCAGGAGAGGACGCCGCUGCAGCAGAAGCUGGAUGAGUUCGGCGAGCAGCUGUCCAAGGUCAUCUCCCUCAUCUGCAUCGCCGUGUGGAUCAUCAACAUCGGCCACUUCAACGACCCCGUCCACGGGGGCUCCUGGAUCCGCGGGGCCGUCUACUACUUCAAGAUCGCCGUGGCGCUGGCCGUGGCCGCCAUCCCUGAGGGUCUUCCCGCCGUCAUCACCACUUGCCUGGCCCUGGGCACCCGCCGCAUGGCCAAGAAGAACGCCAUCGUCCGCAGCCUGCCGUCCGUGGAGACCCUGGGCUGCACCUCUGUCAUCUGCUCUGACAAGACGGGAACCCUGACCACCAACCAGAUGUCCGUCUGCAGAAUGUUCGUUGUCAACAAAACCGAUGGGGACAGCUGUGCUCUGUCAGAGUUCACCAUCACAGGUUCUACCUACGCACCUGAGGGAGAAGUGUACCAGGAUGGUAAACAAGUUAAAACCUCCCAGUAUGAUGCCCUGGUUGAACUGGCUACCAUCUGUGCCCUGUGCAACGACUCCUCUCUGGACUUCAACGAGGUGAAGGGUGUGUACGAGAAGGUCGGCGAGGCCACAGAGACCGCGCUGACCUGUCUGGUGGAGAAGAUGAACGUUUUCGACACCGAAGUUCACAACCUGUCCAAGAUCGACCGAGCAAACGCCUGCAACUCUGUGAUCAAGCAGCUGAUGAAGAAGGAGUUCACCCUGGAGUUCUCCAGAGACAGGAAGUCCAUGUCUGUCUACUGCACCCCCAACAAGUCUCGCUCCUCCAUCGGCAAGAUGUUUGUCAAGGGGGCCCCGGAGGGAGUUAUUGAAAGAUGCACUCAUGUCAGAGUUGGUAACAACAAAGUUCCCCUCACCAAGAGUAUCAGGGAAAAGAUAAUGUCUGUGAUCCGUGAGUACGGGACAGGUCGGGACACCCUGAGGUGUCUGGCUCUGGCCACACGAGACAACCCGCCCAAGAUAGCGGACAUGGUACUGACAGAAACUGUCAAAUUCUCGGACUACGAGUCCGACCUGACCUUCGUGGGCUGCGUCGGCAUGCUGGACCCUCCCAGGCUGGAGGUGGCUGCCUCCAUCAAGCUGUGCCGCCAGGCCGGCAUCCGCGUCAUCAUGAUCACCGGAGACAACAAGGGCACCGCUGUGGCUAUCUGCCGCCGCAUCGGCAUCCUGGGCGAGGACGACGACGUCGACACCAUGGCCUACACCGGACGAGAGUUUGACGAGCUAUCGUCAUCCGCCCAGCGCGAUGCCGUGACGCACGCUCGCUGUUUCGCCCGCGUCGAGCCGUCCCACAAGUCCAAGAUUGUUGAGAUCCUGCAGGGAUUCGAUGAGAUCACUGCGAUGACGGGCGAUGGCGUGAACGAUGCCCCUGCCUUGAAGAAGGCAGAGAUUGGCAUCGCCAUGGGCUCUGGCACUGCCGUGGCCAAGUCAGCCUCUGAGAUGGUCCUCGCCGACGACAACUUCUCCUCCAUCGUGGCCGCCGUGGAAGAAGGCCGAGCUAUUUACAACAACAUGAAGCAGUUCAUCAGAUACCUCAUCUCCUCCAACGUCGGGGAGGUCGUCUGCAUCUUCCUCACGGCGGCGCUGGGCUUCCCCGAGGCUCUGAUCCCAGUCCAGCUGCUCUGGGUCAACCUGGUCACCGACGGCCUGCCUGCCACCGCCCUGGGCUUCAACCCCCCAGACCUGGACAUCAUGGAGAAGCCUCCUCGUAACGCCAAGGAGCCCCUCAUCUCUGGCUGGCUCUUCUUCAGAUACCUGGCCAUCGGGUGCUAUGUGGGUGCUGCCACAGUUGGAGCUGCUGCCUGGUGGUUUACAGUCUCUGAAGAUGGACCUCAGGUCACUCUGUACCAGCUGAGCCACUUCCUCCAGUGCGCCCCAGACAACCCAGACUUUGACGGCCUUGACUGCCACGUGUUUGAGUCCCCCUACCCCAUGACCAUGGCCCUGUCUGUGCUCGUCACCAUUGAGAUGUGCAAUGCUCUCAACAGUCUGUCGGAGAACCAGUCUCUCCUGCGGAUGCCUCCCUGGGAGAACAUUUGGCUCCUGGGGGCCAUCUGCCUCUCCAUGUCCCUCCACUUCCUCAUCCUCUAUGUGGAACCUCUGCCUGUCAUCUUCCAGAUCACCCCUCUGGAUAUGACCCAGUGGAUGAUGGUGCUGAAGAUCUCCCUGCCCGUCAUCCUGCUGGACGAGCUGCUUAAGUUUGUGGCCAGGAACUACUUGGACUUUGGUAAUCCGCUGGAGAAGCCGGCCAGCAAAGGCUGCUCCCUGUCUGCAUGUACCGAGGGCAUCUCCUGGCCCUUCGUGGCCGUCUCCCUGCCCCUGGUGCUGUGGAUCUACAGCACCGACACUAACGUGUCUGCCAUGUUGUGGCCCUGACUGACUCCAGAUCACUACCCUCCCUGUGCACCAGUGUGAAGUGGACAUUAACACACACAUCUAACACAGUUACAUUAACACGGAACAACUUACAGUCGACACUUGCACUUGAUCUGACAGACUGUCGGCUGUCAGAUCUUUUGUAUUUAGGACAUUUUUUCACCGAUUCAUUUUUCUGGGCUGGGGGGGGGCGAGGCGUAAGUCAUAUUUUAAUGACUUAGACCAACGUUAUGACCAUGUGUUUUACUUUACCAUCACGCUUUUCUCUCUUUUGCUCUUGUUUUGAACAGUUGGGGGAUGCCCACCGUGUCGGAGCUGUGUGUUGAGCUGUACAGAGAAUUUACACUAUUUUAUGAUAAUUAAUAUUUUGUAAUUUUUUGGGAGGGGCUGUGGGGACGAGUAUGCUGGGUGUGAAUGGAUGUAAUUAUAAGGACCGUAUAGUACCAAUACUAAUUUUUGGGGCAAAGACUUAUUUAUAUAUAUAUUUGCCCUGGCAUGAAUCUCUGUAGUCAUUUUUUGAGCUCCAUGCGUCGUCAUUCGUUAUUUUCUGCAUUAGGCAGAGCACAGCUACCUCAAUGCUGUUAAUAUGAUUAUUACUACACAUUUGUCUUAACAACCAUUUCGUAGAUUAUCAGUUGAAGUGUUGAGGUAAGCAUCGUUUUGUUUUGCAGUAGACACUUAAGCCCUCACACAUGUUAAUGAUUUUUUUUUUUUUUUUUUUUAAUAAUAAUUUUCUUUUCUCGAUCAGAGGGAAGCGAGGACAAAGAUAUGUUACCAGUUUGAUCCAGAGCAAUUUUUGAUAAAGUGUUGUUAAAUUUGUUUACUUGAAGAAAAAACACAUUUGUCAUGAUUUUAUUUUAUAGGUUUUUGAGAUUUCUGUCUCAACUUCCGGUCUUCAUUUUGCAUCUAAAUUACAGUUAUCUUUAUAAUGUAUGUAUAAUGUGCACAUACUGUACUUGAAUAUGUAAAAAGGCACCAAGAAGCUGUUAGUCUUAUCAACUGAGAACAAUAUGGACGACCGAUCAUUGGAAGAGUCUGUAUAUCUGUACAUACCACACAAAGUAGAAUCUCUGUAUAGAUUAUUUUGUUGUUGUUUGUUGUUGUUGUCAAAAUGCUCCAUACAUUCAUACUAGUUUACUCAAGCGUGGGCUCAGCCUUUCUGCAUGCCUGCUCCAAUAAUACCAGGCCAGUGAGUGCUUUGAGGUUUUUUUUUAGCUUCACAGCUAACUGUUGUUUCUUCCAAUGCCUUCCACCUGUUUACCUGCAGAGUGAGUACACCUUGACCUGCAUGCUAACUAGCUCUCUCUCUCUCUCUCUCUCUCAUCUUCUGUGUGGUUGAAGAAGCAGCUUUGCCGUCUGUCAUUGCUCGUGUUCAAGACGGCAAUGACAGCUCCUCAUAUUUGUGAUAGGACUAGCAGCUUUUUAUUUUAUUUUAUACUUUUUAAAUGGUACAAACGGAGGAAAAAUAAA